AUGCGCAUUUCUCUCCCCGACGAGCCCAUUCGAAAAACACAAAGUGAGGUGGCUACUGUGAAAUGGAUCCAAAGGGUAACAGAGAUCCCCACGCUCAGGAUCAUCGCUUAUGAUGCCACUCGGGAGACUGAGAUUGGAUUUGAGUGGAUACUCAUGACGGAAAUCCCUGGGAAGCCUUCAGCAGAUAAUUGA